CAGACUAUCACCACGACCCUGCGUCCGCGUUGUGGGCUUGCUUCGUCGCAGCUUUGUCUGAAGAAGUGCUCACGAUAUGUAUGAGCGACGCGAGGGCGAGUCAUGUCAGCGUGAGUAUGGCAGAGGAAAUGGAUAAUACUACGGAAAGAGAAUGAAAUGUAAGCCGUUUAAGUAUCUAUACGUUUAUUCACUCAUGGUAGAUGUAGAUCUUUAUCUUGGUCGAUCUCAGCUUCGACUGCGUGAGAGAUGAUAUCUGAGCGAGCAGGUACAAAAUGGCGACGAGUUUGCUGACGCAAAUCUGCCCUCACGUUCCCAUGUGGGCGGUUCGGAUUCCGGUGGAGCGCGAUCAUAUAUUGCGCACCGGCUGGAUGAACUUGGGCUACGCAGCACACGUGCUCGCCGCAGGAGACCCACCCAAGGUCGCGCGCGAAUUCAAGCGCGUAACGGGGCCGCGAAUGCCCUUGCUGGAGUUUGUUGACGGCCUUAGUGCUCCGCUACAGAACCGGGCGCCUCCGCCUUCAGCUCCGCCCGCAUCCAAAUCAACCGCGCGGACUCUGUAGGCCGCGAGAGCGGCGCCGCCCGCGGGAUAAGAAGUUGGGUGAUGUUUCUAGUUCGCAGGCGAUUCAGAACACCAGCAGGGGGACGACGAGCACCAGGAUGACGCGGGAGCUGUUGCUCGCGGGUUGCUCCGCUGCUUUUGUGCUGGCCGCAUUAGGGCCAGCGCAUUGAGUAAGGCGAUGCGCUCGCCUCGCACGCAGGCCGGGGCCUUGCGCCCUGCUUGCCUUGGCCUGCGAUCGCGCCCGCCCGCGCCGUCGUCUGGCUUACUUGGGGGCUGCCGCGCCCUUUGCAGGGCCGCCCGGGCUUAAGUGCGUACUGGGCGGCCAUUUUGGUAGCAGUGCGCGCACCCAUGGCGCGGUUGGCCCGGCGCCUGGGUGGCAGCGUGGUGUGCGCGUCGACGGCGCUAGCACUUGUAACCGUGUGA